AUGACUGAUAAAGAUAUCAAAAUCAAAUCUCUAGAAUCAGAACUAGAAAGUAGACAAACCCAGGUUUUGAAGCUAGAAAAAUAGGUUGCUGCUCUUGAGACUCGAAUCAAUCAGAAUGCAGAUGUCUUAGAAUUAUAGGAAAAGAUCAAAAUGCUGGAGACCUAGAAUAUAAAACUUGUAGAAAAAAACCAGAGUGAUGUAGUGGAGUGGAAAACUAAAGAGAGAGAAUUUAAGCAAUUACUCAAGCAACACCAAGAUGAGCUUGCUUCUAUUAGGAAUGAAUUGGACCUAGCCAAUCAACAGUUGGCCAAUCAGCAACCUCAAGAUGGGAAUGCUCCUGGAUUGGAAUAAACUAUUAGAGAUUUAUAGUUAGACCGUAAUGAUUUGAAAUAAAUCAAUGAGAAGUUAAUACAUAAUGAAAAUUUACUCAAUUUGGAGAAGGAAAAACUAAAGAAUCAAGUAACAGACUUGGAACAAGAUAAGAAAUAGAUGUAGAACACUCUAUAAGAUUUAAAAAAUAAACACAAUAAGGAAUUAGAAACUUUGAGAGAACAAAUUCACCAAUAUCAGAAUGAAAUAUUCCAGAGGGAGAAGAUGCAUGAGGAAUAAAUGAGAAAUCUAGCGAGAUUGGAAUAGCAAAUGGAAAACAAGGCAAAAAACAAUGAGGAGGAAAUUGAUCAAGUCAAAAGAAAAAAGGAUUAAUUGCAAUGUGAAAAUGACAGUCUCAAAAAAGUGAAUGAAAAAUAAAUACAAGAAAUGCAGUAUUUGGAUCAAUAAAUUAAUUGCUACGCUAAACAAGUCUCUGAAAAAGAUAAAUAGUUUUAAGAGUUACAAAAUAAAGUAGACGAAGAGCAUACCAAAGUGGUUAAUUUGCAAAAGAAUAAUGGAGUGCUUUAAGACAAAUUGAAGGAUUUAGAGUUGACUUACGAGGUACAACUAAAAGAUAAGGAGGCAUAGAUUCAAAAGGGAAAGAAAUAAUACGAAGACAGGAUUUCAUAAAUUUAGAAAGAAAAUGCUACCAUUUUAGAGUAAUUACAGUUGGUAAAUGAUUAGAAUAGAGAGUUAUUGGCAAAGCAAAAAGAAUAGGAAAUUCUAUAUAAAGAGAGUUCAAGUAAGCAGCUUGAGAAAGAUAAGAAAUUGGUGGAUGCAUUUGAGAGGAUGAGAAAAUUGGAUUAAGAAGUAAAAGCCUUGAUGAAAUAAAAUCAAUAGUUCAGGGAAUAGGUACUAAUCCUUGAGGGAGAUCUCAGCAAAAGUAAAGAGUAAGUGAGGAUGCUCUAAAGAGAUAAGUCUGAAUUGAAGUAGUAGUUAGAUUUUUUGAUUUCCCAAUAGAAUAAAAAAGGCAGAUUGAGUGAAAUUGACUUGUUGAAGAAGUAGGUCUAAGAAUUGCAAACAGAAUUAACAUUAUUGAGGGAAUCGCACAAAGCAGCUUAGAGUUCAUUGAAAUCUACAAUGGAAUCAACAGGUUACUUAAAGGGGAGAUUGAAAAAGUUAGAUAUUGAGAAUCAAGCAUUACUGGAUUCCAAAUCCAGGUUGGAGACAUUGUUUUAAGAGUUGUUGGAAUCGACGAAAUCGAAAAGGAUGCAAAGGAAUUAAUCUGAAGUGUAGCUGAAUGGAUAUAAGGGGAAAAUGAUAACAGAGAGUAGUUCAACUUAUUUAGAACCAAUGACGGAGAGAUUGACAGCUAAGACUAAUAAUAAUAAGUAGUAGAAGAAUGGAGAUAUUCGUUCCAUUUUUAAACGACCAAUCUAAGUUGUCAGGAUUAGAUCAUCAGGAUAGUAGAAGGAAAUACAGGGUAAACAAGAGAACAAAAGUAAUAAGGUGGAGUAGGAGUAGUUUGUAGAUCAAGUGAAGAAGGAGGAGUCUGAAAUUUUAGAGGAGGAGUCCUAAAUGAAUCAAGGGGAGAAUAAAUAGAAUGAUGAUGAAUUUGAAUAGAUUGACUCUUCCUUUCUUUAAUCUGAUUCAUGA